CUCGACAGAGUGGAUUCCGUUGGGAAGACGUAGAUCAUCGCCAGGCAGGUCUCCGGGGGCUCUCUCUCGGUUUUACGUGCAGUAUAACGGUGUCACAUCCGGGAUGAGUCCACGAAGCCUCCAUGCCUCUGUGGAUUUAAAUUAGCCUGGAAUAUGAGCAGAAGACGAAGUUAAGCAGCAGCAGCAGCAGCAGCAGCGGCGGCGGCUGGCUUCCUGCAGGUUUUCUCCCAGGCUUUUUGUUUUUUCCGUGGACAUGCCUGGUCUAUGGAGCGAAUCUGAGCGAAGCUAGCUGGCCGACAGUCCGACUAGCGCAGCAUUUCCAGGCUUUUGGAUGAUUGUUUAACUGAGGAGCUGAUUUAUUUCUGGAUCAGCCCUACCUCCCCUGUAAGGACUCAGUAUGGGGGAGUCCAGCCUGGACGAUGCCAAUGUCAAGGUGGCUGUUCGUGUACGGCCCAUGAACAGGAGAGAAAAGGAAUUAAACACUAAAUGUAUUGUGGAGAUGGAAAAUAACCAAACGAUACUCCAUCCGGGCGGAGCUAACCUGGGCAAAGCAGACUCCAGGAAUCAAACCAAGGUUUUUGCCUAUGAUUACUGUUUCUGGUCAAUGGAUGAGACGGAUAAGGAUCAAUUUGCCGGUCAGGAAGUGGUCUUCCAGUGCCUUGGGGAAAGUCUUCUCCACAACGCCUUCCAGGGCUACAACGCUUGUAUCUUUGCCUAUGGACAAACUGGCUCGGGGAAGUCGUACACCAUGAUGGGUUCAGUUGACCAGCCGGGUCUGAUUCCCCGGCUGUGCAGUGCUUUGUUUAUGCGAACCCAGAAGGAACAGCGGGAGGAGGAGAGCUUCACUGUUGAGGUGUCCUACAUGGAGAUCUACAACGAGAAGGUCCGAGAUCUGCUCGACCCCAAAGGGGGUAAACAAUCUCUGAGGGUGAGGGAACAUAAGGUUUUGGGUCCCUACGUGGAUGGCUUGUCUCGACUAGCUGUGGCGUGCUACAAGGACAUCGAGGUGCUAAUGUCAGAGGGGAAUAAAUCUCGGACUGUUGCUGCCACCAACAUGAAUGAGGAGAGCAGUCGAUCACACGCUGUCUUCAACAUCAUCCUCACACACACACUGAAAGACGUGAAGUCCGAGACGAGUGGGGAGAAGGUUAGUCGGCUGAGUCUGGUAGACUUGGCUGGAAGUGAGCGAGCAGCAAAGACUGGAGCAGCCGGGGAGCGACUCAAGGAGGGCAGCAACAUCAACAAGUCUCUGACAACGCUGGGUCUGGUGAUUUCAGCGCUAGCCGAACAGGGAACAACGAAGAACAAAAACAAGUUUGUUCCUUACAGAGAUUCUGUUCUGACAUGGCUCCUGAAGGACUGUCUGGGUGGCAACAGUCGCACAGCCAUGGUUGCAACUGUGAGUCCAGCAGCAGACAACUACGAUGAGACGCUCUCCACGCUGCGCUAUGCAGACAGAGCAAAGAGCAUUGUUAACCACGCUGUUGUCAAUGAAGACCCCAAUGCUCGCAUCACCAGGGAACUCCGGGAGGAAGUAGAUAAACUACGAGUGCAACUGACUCAGGCAGAGUCUUUGAAGGCCCCAGAGCUGAAAGACCGUCUGGAAGAGUCUGAAAAGUUGAUUCAAGAGAUGACCUACACCUGGGAGCAGAAGCUGAGAAAAACUGAGGAGAUUGCACAGGAGCGUCAGAAGCAGCUGGAGAGUCUGGGUAUUUCUCUCCAGUCAUCAGGGAUUAAAGUUGGAGAUGAUAAGAGUUACCUUGUCAACCUUAACGCAGAUCCUGCCCUCAAUGAACUGCUGGUGUACUAUCUAAAGGAACACACGAAGGUGGGCUCGGCAGACUCUCAGGACAUCCAGCUGUGCGGCAUGGGUAUCCAGGCAGAGCACUGUGUCAUCAACAUUAAUGUUGAUGCUGCGGUCAUCCUCAGCCCGUACCGCAACGCUAGGACGUGUGUAAACGGUUCUCCAGUUACCAGUGCUCUGCAGCUUCACCAUGGCGACCGAAUCUUCUGGGGAAACAACCACUUCUUCAGGAUCAAUCUGCCUAAGCGGAGUGCUCGGGGAGCUGAGGAUGAGGAGGGCGAGGGGGGCCUGAUGAAGAACAGUGGCAGCAGUGAGCAGCUGGAUGCAGAUGGUGACACAGGCAGCGAAGUGUCCAGUGAGGUCAGCUUCUCCUACGAGUUCGCUCAGACAGAGGUCAUGAUGAAAGCCCUGGGCAAUAACGAUCCAAUGCAAGCAGUCCUCCAAUCUCUGGAGAGGCAGCAUGAAGAGGAGAAGCAAUCUGCUCUGGAGCGGCAGAGACAGAUGUACGAGCAGGAGCUCCAGCAGCUCCGCAAGAAGCUGAACCCGGACCGUCUGUCGUCCGGCUCCUCUGGAGGACCGCCGUCUGGACAGCAGGUCCCAGGACAGCAGUCCCACUACCGCAGCCUGGAGAGACUGAGCAUGGGAGGGAUGAGUCACUCAACCAGCGCUCAGAGCAGACUGAGGCAGUGGAAUGAGGACAGGGAGGCGGUGUUGGUUAGGAGUCUGCGGCGGUUGAGGGAGCAGAUCGUGAGAGCCAACCUCCUGGUUCAAGAAGCUUGUUUCAUCUCUGAUGAGCUGGAGCGACACACAGAGUACAGAGUCACUCUGCAGAUCCCAUCAGACAACCUCAACGCAAACCGCAAGAGAGACGCUGUGCUCAGUGAACCAGCAAUUCAAGUUCGACGCCGGUGUCGAGGGAAGCAGAUCUGGAGUCUAGAGAAGAUGGAGAACCGUCUGGUGGACAUGAGAGAGCUGUACCAGGAGUGGCAGGACUACCAGCUCCAUGACCAGGACAACCCUGUGAUGCGCUCAUAUUUCCGUCGGGCAGACCCAUUCUUUGACGAGCAGGAAAACCACAGUCUGAUUGGCGUCGCAAACGUCUUCCUUUCCUGUCUCUUCUACGAUGUGAAACUCAACUAUGCUGUUCCCAUCAUUAACCAGAAGGGGGAGGUUGCAGGGCGUCUUCAUGUGGAGGUGGUGAGGGUCGGAGGGGGUUUAGAGGACAACAUGGCUGGAGGCGAUGAAACCGACAACAACCAAGAUGCUGAAGUCCCAGAUCGCAAACUGGUCUGCAUGCUUAAGAUUCUGCAGGCCACUGGUCUUCCCCAGUACCUGUCCAACUUCGUCUUCUGUCAGUAUUCCUUCUGGGAUCAGCCUGAGCCCAUCAUCGUGGCUCCUGAAGUAGACCCAUCGUCUUCGUCGCCCAGCUCAAAAGACCCACACUGCAUGGUGGUGUUUGACAGCUGCAAGGAGGUGGCAGUGUCAGUAUCGGAAGAUUUCAUCGAAUACCUGACUGAAGGAGCGGUCGCCAUUGAGGUAUACGGACACAGACAGGCCGACGCAGGAAGAAACCCCGCCCUGUGGGACCUCAGCAUCAUCCAGGCCAAGACACGCACACUACGAGACAGGUGGAGCGAGGUAACGCGUCGCCUCGAGCUGUGGAUUCAAAUCCUGGAGAUAAACGAGAAUGGAGAAUUUGUCCCAGUGGAAGUUGUUCCUGCUAGAGAUGUUCAGACCGGGGGAAUCUUCCAGCUUCGUCAGGGUCAGUCGAGGCGAAUCCAGGUGGACGUGCGUUCAGUUCAGGACUCGGGCACCAUGCCGCUGAUAGCAGAAAUCCUGCUUGCAGUGUCAGUUGGAUGUGUGGAGAUUAGAAACACCACAGCUAACCAGGAAGUGGAUGAGAUGGACAGUUAUCAGGAGACAGACCUGGAACGCUUGCGACGGCAGUGGUUGGCCGCUCUCACCAAGAGGCAGGAAUACCUCGACCAGCACCUGCAGAGCUUAGUCAGCCAAGCAGAAAAGACAGAAGAUGACAUGGAGAGGGAGGCCCAGCUGCUGGAGUGGCGCUUGACUCUGACCGAGGAGAGAAACGCUGUCAUGGUGCCCUUCCCUGGCAGCGGCAUUCCUGGAGCUCCUGCUGAAUGGGUUCCUCUGCCGGGAAUGGAGACUCAUAUUCCUGUCCUCUUCCUGAACCUGAAAUCUGAUGACCUCAGCUCUCAGGACCAGUUUGAGGUUACUGAGGCUGGGGGCUGGGACGCCACUCUGAAUGGAGAAGAUGAGGACGACUUCUUUGACCUACAGAUUGUCAAACACUACGACGGAGAGGUGAAAGCAGAGGCAUCAUGGGACUCUACGGUCCACGAGUGUCCGCAGCUCAGUCGUGGGGGGGCGUGGCCGGAGCAGCGGGUCUACCUGACCAUCCGGGUGGUGGUCCAGCUCAGCCACCCUGCCGACAUGCAGCUGGUCCUGAGGAAGAGGAUCUGCGUCAACGUGAACCCGGGCCGCCAGGGCUUUGCACACAACUUCCUGAGAAGGAUGUCCACGCGCAGCACCAUACCUGGCUGCGGGGUCACCUUCGAGGUGGUCUCCAACAUCCCCGGGGACGCCCCUGGUUCAGAAGACAGGGAGAUGCUGGCCAACCUCGCUGCAAGCGCACACAGCAACCAGUCACCGGAUGAAGAAGCUGCUAUUGAGAAAUACCUCCGCAGUGUCCUCAGCCUGGAGAACAUCCUGACUCUGGACAGACUCAGACAGGAGGUGGCAGUGAAGGAGCAACUGACUAGCAGAGGAAAAGGCAACAGACGGAGCAUCAGUUCUCCUUCUGUCCACAGGCUGUCCGGAAGUAGACAAGACCUGUCCACAUCUUGCCUGGAAGAUAAGGGUCGAUGGGAGAGUCAGCAGGAUAUCUUCAUGCCUUCUCAGUUUCACCGCACCCUCCCACGGCCCGCCUCCUCCCCCUCCACCUACUCCACCUCUCCUUCUUCAUCCCAGUCUCCCUUCGGUAUGACACCCCCACAGAACCAGGAGCCGGAGCAAGGUCUUUCAGGACUUGCUGCCUCUUAUCUUUCAGUUAAGGCGCUGGUUCCUCAGAUGCCCAAACUGCUCAAGUCUCUGUUUCCAGCGCGGGACGAAAAGAAGGAUCUGAGACCCUCGCCACACAGCCAGCAGCAGCAUGUCCCUCGCAUCGUGACAUCAGGAGGGGACGAAAAUCGACUCAAGGCUGAGACGCCUGCUAUUCUGCGACCCGCAACCAAAGACCGACGGGCAGAGUUCCCAGAAGUCCCUCCUCUUCCUGUGCAUGACCCGCAUGACAUCACCCCCCUCAGCCCCCUCAGCCAGUCGUCGAGCGGCUACUUCUCCAGUAGUGUUUCUACGGUUACCCUGUCUGACGUCCUCCAGCCCUCCUCCUCGUCCUCCUCCCUCCUGGCUGCUGACACUACGUUACCCACAAACCCCCAGACGCAGGGUGCUGACAGGAACGAUGUUGUAACCUCUCCUUCUCAGUGUGGCGCCAAGAUGGCUGUCGUCGCUCCACCCACUUCCCACAGCUCAGCCAAUCACAACAACGUCUCCUCAGAAAACUCUGUCUCCGAACACAAGCUGGUCAACUCAGGAGGAGGAGGAGGAGGAGGAGGAGGAGGAGGGGGGGAAGGCUUUGAGAGGCUGGAGAUCUUUGUGGACGAUGAAGAGCGUAGCAAUAAUGACGUACUUCCUGAUUGGCUGUCAGAGGGAGCGUUUGUUACAGUAGGAAGCAAUAAGGCCGGGACAGUACGCUACGUGGGAGUGACGCAGUUUGCUGAUGGAGUGUGGGUGGGGGUGGAGCUGGACACCCCUGUAGGUAAAAAUGACGGGUCAGUGGGAGGUCAUCGGUACUUCCUGUGUAAACCGGGGUACGGGGUGUUGGUCCGCCCGGACCGCCUGUCCUGCCGCGACCGGACCAGCCGGCGCACGGGAGACUUCCCCGCCACCCCCCACGUCCCCGUCUUACGAGGAGAAGCCAUUGUUGCGCGGCGGGGGGAGAACCGCAAGUCCUGGAGCAGUUGAGACAGGGAGGGUGGGAUGAACCCCCCACAGCCCUCCUCUUCCUCCUCUUCUCCCAGCUAUGCAACAGGCUCACAGUAACAUACUGCCUACCCUCCUUUAGAUUGAAACUACAUCCAUUCACAGGUAAUGGGUGGAACUAGAAUAAAGACAAUGGUGAGACCUUUCAGAACGAGUGCAAGUAAGUGGACGAAAGACUAUGCAGAGAAUAUAGAAGUCCGUGGAAGGACUAUUUACCUUAUGAGAAGAUAAUUCUCAACGAACAGCGGUCAAUGGGAAGACAGCUGAAGUGAGUGAAUGGAGUUCAGUGCAGACUUUGUCCUAAUUUGGAGUGUCGGAGCUCUGC